AUUUGUUUAUUUAUUUAUAAAUUACUAUCGUCUGUCGUUUGAUCGGCGGUGGCGACGCUUGUAGCGCAGCCGUACAAAUUCCGGAUGGCCGCUGUUCCAACCGUGCUGCACUGUAAUGCCUAUUUUAUUCGGCACAGAACUCAUUCGAUUCCAGUUGUUGUGCCGGCGGCAAAGCUAGGAUUUGGCGGCUCAGUGUGCAGGCAAAACCUGACGCGCGGUGUCCAUUUUUUACCGAAUUCUAAUUCAGUUUGGGCUGGAAGAUAUCUAUUUGUUGUAAAUGCGUUUCAACAAAGCCAGGAGGACUGCUGCGAGGCAGGGAAUGAACUUCGCUCUAGCAGACUCAGACGUUUGGUGCGGUUUAUUCGCGAUAUGUUUCCCGGUGGAAAUUGGUGGAGUUUGAGUCCUUUCGAACAAAAAUUAGGUGGUUAUCCAACGAGAUCUGAAUCGACGACUGUUUUUCAAGUUCUGAGCCAGAUGUGGGCACUGUUAGCUGAUGAGAAGUGGAUUCUGUACGCGGCCUUUGGAGCUUUAGCUGUUACCGCGCUCUCUGAGAUAUCAAUGCCAGGCAUACUGACUGCAGCAGUCUUUUCAGCUCAAAAUGGGGAGACGCUGGUGUUUUAUCAACACACACGCUUCUUGAUUUUGUUGUGUUUUACCUCCGGAAUAUUCAGUGGAUUGCGAACAGGGUGUUUUGCUAUAGCAAAUACAAUAUUGGUUAAACGACUCCGGAAAACUCUGUAUAGCUCUCUUCUUCUUCAGGACAUAUCAUUCUUUAACACAGAAGCAGUUGGUGAUUUGACGAGCAGACUGAGUACAGAUUGCCAACGAUUAUCUCGUACUGUUGGAUAUGAUAUGUAUUUGAUUCUGCGAAACAUUAUUCAGGGAACAGGUGCUUUUAUCAACUUGAUGACUUUAUCAUGGCCUCUUGCAAUGUCAUCCCUGAUUAUAUGCUUUAUUCUGUCAGCAGUUUUCGUCAUCUAUGGGAGGUACCAGAAGAAAGUGGCACUGCUUGCCCAAGAUUUUGUUGCUUCUGCCAAUGAAGUUGCACAAGAAACAUUUUCCUUGAUGAGAACGAUCCGGGCAUAUGGAACAGAGAGGAAAGAAUUUCAGAGGUUCUCACAGUGGCUUGAUGGAUUAGCUUCUGUUAGCCUGCGAGAGAGUUUAGCAUAUGGAUUUUGGAACCUCAGCUUCCUUACAUUAUAUCGAUUGACACAGGUUUUUGCCGUUCUUUUAGGAGGAAUGUCAGUUUUGGCUGGUAGCGCGUCUGCUGAGCAGCUGACCAAGUAUGUCUUAUAUUGUGAAUGGUUGAUCUAUGCUACUUGGAGAUUGCAGGACAGUAUGUCAUCUUUAUAUCAGUCUAUUGGAGCUUGUGAAAAAGUUUUUCAGUUAAUGCAUCUUCCACCCAGUUUCCAGUUCACGUCAGAAGGAGUAACAAUGAAAAGCCUCAGUGGUAGUGUUGACUUUGUGAAUGUUUCUUUUCACUACCCUUCAAGGAUCAAGGUGCCAAUUCUGGAAAACAUGAAUUUCUCCUUACAAGCUAAUGAAGUUGUUGCAAUUGUGGGUGCAAAUGGUAGCGGGAAAAGUACAUUGAUCAAUCUUCUGCUUCGCCUCUAUGAACCAAGUUGUGGUGAGAUUUUAAUAGACAGCAUUCCUCUGAAAGUGUUUGAUAUCCAGUGGCUGAGGAAACAAAUCGGAUUUGUCGAACAGGAACCAAAUCUUUUCCAUUUGGAUGUCAAAUCAAACAUAAGUUAUGGUUGCUUUCAAAGCAUUACACAAGAGGAUAUCGAACAUGCUGCAAAGAAUGCCCAUGCACACGAAUUCAUCUCUGCCCUUCCUAGAGGUUAUGACACCGUCAUUGAUGAUAACCUACUUAGUGGAGGCCAGAAGCAGCGUAUUGCCAUAGCUAGGGCCGUCCUUAGAGACCCUGCUAUUCUGAUACUAGACGAAGCAACUAGUGCCCUUGAUGCUGAAAGUGAGGGCUAUAUCCAGGAGAUACUUCUUUCUUUGAAGAAAGACCGCAAAAGGCAGAGGACCAUCAUCAUUAUCGCCCACAGGCUGACUACGAUAAAAGCAGCAGACAGGAUCCUGGUAAUGAACGAAGGCCGAGUUGUUGAGGUAGGUAAUCAUGAAGAACUCCAACUAUUCACAAUGCAACAAGAUGUCUCUGGCCGGGAAGAAGGCCGUGUGGGAUGAUAUCUCAACCUUGUCAUGCUGUUUCCAGUGCCCCUGCUCGAUUGCCGGUUACCUAAUCAUGCUGUAAGUAUUGAUUCCUAAUUACAUACUUAUCUGUCACAAGCUGCCUGCCCGCCUGCCCUGGCUUAUAACUUGUCAUAGUAACACAAAUCUGCAAUUUUAAUUUUUUGUUGACAUUGUGGAGGGUGAGAGUGCCAAGAAAGUGAAAAUACUUGGAAUUAGUAGGGGACUUGAAGAAAUUGGUGCAAUUGCAAUGGUCUUUGCAAAAUUGGAAGACCAAAAUCUUUGUACAGGACUUUCUCUCAGCUUUUGGACACAUUAAUUAAAUGUGUGUUUGAUAGGGUUAGUUUA